AUGGUUUUCAGAUUCUUUAAUCACAAUCCCAUCCACAAAAUCUUUGUAUUACGAAUUUCAUCAUACACGAACAAGAACUUCAAUCCUUCUCCUCCUCUUUCUCCUCAUCGUCAGAGCCCUAUAAUCGGAGGUCUCAAUCCCCAGUUAUACGAUUAUUCACCGACGUAUACUGAAAGCCCUAAUUUCAAGAUUUCUAAGCGGUGGCACUUGGGCCAUUCUCACCACCUCCACGAUGACCACCGUGAUCUCCAGUCAGGCGAGAAGAUUUUCCGGUUGGGUCUUGCCGCCGAUAUUGGAUUAGCUAUCGGAAAAUCUGUGACUGGAUACGUAUCUGGUAGCACCGCCAUAAUUGCAGAUGCAGCUCAUUCUGUCUCCGACGUGGUCCUCAGCGGCGUUGCUCUGUUGUCAUUUAAAGCUGCAAGGGUUCCUAAGGACAAAGAACAUCCAUAUGGGCAUGGAAAAUUUGAGAGUCUAGGAGCCCUUGGAAUUUCUGGUGUGCUUUUGUUGACCGCUGGAGGUAUUGCAUGGCAUGCUUUGGAUCAAUUGCUGGCAAUUUGGUCAGCAGCUCCUGAAAUAGUCAGUCAAUCAUUGACACAUGGACAUGUUCAUGGUCAUCAUCAUAGUGGCCAUCACCAUGGAAUCGACAUGGAUCACCCUGUUCUGGCUUUGAGUAUGACUAUAGUGUCAAUAGCUGUCAAAGAAGGGCUAUACCGUAUAACAAAGAGGGCAGGGGAAAGGACAGGCAGUGGAUUGAUGAUAGCAAAUGCUUGGCAUCAUCGUGCAGAUGCUGUUUCCUCAGUGGUUGCUCUUAUAGGGGUUGGAGGAUCUCUUCUAGGGGUAAAGUUCCUAGAUCCUCUUGCAGGACUAGUUGUCUCAGGCAUGAUCCUUAAAGCUGGACUUCAAACUGGUUACCAGAGUGUCUUGGAACUGGUGGAUGCUGCAGUCCUGUCGCAACAUUUGGAUCCUAUUAAACAAACAAUACCGCAAGUUGAAGGAGUUAAGGGAUGCAAACACCUGAGAGGAAGGCGAGCUGGCUCCUAUCUGUAUCUUGAUGUAACUAUUGAGGUUGAUCCUUUUUCUAGUGUUAGUGCUGCACAUGAUGUGGGUGAGAAUGUUCGUCGUCAAAUACAUACGUGUCAUUCUGAAGUAGCUGAAGUCUUUAUACAUAUAGAGCCUUCAACUUCACAUUUUCCACCCAGUAUAAUGGACCAGCAAGGAAAUGCGAAGGGAACAGAUUACCAGAACAGUACAGCUUCCUCAGAGCAAAAUGGUAUUGAAGACAUAGUGUCCAGUAUUUUAUCAUCAGAGUUUUCAGAGGUACUUCCCUUUUAUCUCAUUUUUUUUCCCCUGAAGCAACUUAUUUCUAUUGUUUUAUUAUCAACAUAUGCUGUUGUUUUUUGCCUUUUUCUUUCUUAGCAACUUGUAAACUUUUGGUCAAUUUGGCUUAACUUUAUGUAAUGGUUAUUCAAUACCUGUGACCCAUGUGAGUUCAACCAUACAUUGUUUCUAAGCACAGGAGGAAGUACAAGCUUUCAUUCAGAUCAUUUCAAUAUUCUUAGUUUUUUCAUCUGCAGUGAAAAAUGAUAUAAUAAUUUUGAAUUAUUUUCAGAAAAUGGUUGUUGAACGUGUAACACGUCACCUGCUGCAUGCCAAGAUUCUAGUUCAAAUUGAAGUCUCGAUGCCUCCUGACAUGUUAAUUAGAGAUGCAGCAAAGGUGGCUGAAGAAGCAGAGAAGCGUAUUCUAGAGGCAGCCACCAAUGUGAUCCAGGUCUGCGUUCUGCUACGACUGGGAAAUGUAAUGCCACAGUUUCACCAUGACUUGAAUAAAAGGAAGAGAGAAGAAAGGCUGCAUUCUCUAACCUCAUAGGUUCGAUUUUCCAAUAAUAAUUUAUAAGACUAUUGCUUAAAGCCAUGUUUUUAUGUAAAUUCAAAUCUCUGAUCUUCUAUAAUAUAAAAUAAGGUAGGUUUCAUUAAAUUUAUUCGAGACUUAUUAAACGGCCAUCGACAUCCCUUUUAAAGCUAUUUACAUUUUAUUGUAUAUUUAGACACCAGUUGGUUACUAUUGGUAAAAUGUAUAAAGGAAAGAAAUCCAUCCUCCAUUUUUUUAAGGAGCAUGAUGGAAUGAUAGGAUCUUUUGUGUGGCUGGUGAGGCUUCCACUCUUUGUGAAUAAUAAAAACUUGCUUUCCAA